AGAGCCAUGAAGAAAUGCGUUAAAUCAGGGCUCGCUCGUUAGAGAGUCGUGGGAGUUUUAAAGGUGCCAAGCCUGGCCUGAGCAGGACUGGGCCAUCCGUUCCCAGGAAAGGGGCCUGCCGAUCUGCACCCUUCCCUUUUCGGUGCCAUGCGCACCCCAGCAAUCUCGGCGGGAGACGAAAGGCGUGCCAACCAGCCGGCCAGGGAGCCCCCCCACGCCCCCACCCUUCCAUGCUCCGUCCUCACAACGAAUGCUUGUUAAAUUAAUCAGCACGUCGCACACUGGCUCAAGUAACUGCUCUGAGGCUGCCGUCCGUUCGCCUCCUGCCCGUUUUUGUGGCUAGGUCUAAAGGAGGCAUCGUCCUGGGAGAGGCAUUCUCUCCUGGGGGAAGAAGAAUGCAUCUUCUAAGAUGAUGCCUGCGAGGUUCUUGUUUUGAGACAAAUACCUGCACCCGAUCUGCAUGCAUGCACGCGUACACACACACACACAAACAUACAUACAUACACACACACAUACAAACAUCCACCCCUCUGCAUACAUUUUCCGCCUGAGUAUUUGUCAGACUAUUCCCGCUAUGACGGUUUCUGUCUGUGCUUUAAUCAAUUAGCAGAUAUGUAUUAGACUCAUUCCUUUGUGAGUUGCCAUACCGUUCUCGCGGCAAUGCAGUUGUUGUGGGGCUUUUUUGAGGUCUUCUGACCGGUGAUUCUGCCUCAGGCAAGGGAGGGGCCGGUCAAGGUGGCUGCAGGCCUGUCCCUCCCUGGCCGAGGGGCGCCGAGCCCCACUGCCCAAGCAUCGCGUCCCCUUCCCUGCCCCUUCCAUGGAGGGGUUGGAAUCGAGAUCGGCGGUUGCCCAAGCGGCCGGACAGGGGCGCGUCGAUCUGGGCCUCGUGGGAGGAGAGCGGCCGUGUUCGUCUGCGUAGCAAAACAGUCGGGAGGGCUGGUGGCAAAGGCUGCAGCUUACGCCUUUAACGAAACGCGUCAGUUGCAAAAGGUGCUAGCAGGCUCCUCCUGAUUUUUCAACUGGAGGGUUUUCGAACCCCCCCGCCUUUGAUGCCCACCAAGCUUUCCUCUCUGCCCCCCCCAAGCUCAACAAUAGCCAUUCUUCUUCCCCCGCCGUGCGUGUUGCAGCCGAUUCCCAACAUUGUCCGAAGUGGCGGCAAGACGGGGUGUCCCGCAACGGGCUUCCUCUUUCUCUGGGGGCGGAAGGAAAAGGGGGCUGGGCUGCCCCAGCCCCUCCUGCUUCCCACCCAAGGUCCCCGAGGGAGUCUCCCUGUGAGCCCAGACCUGGGGGUGUCCCUGAGUGAUCCUGGGCCUCCCCAAAAACAGGUUGGAACCAAAUCCCCCUCCAGCCAGGGGGAGGACUUUGCUUCCCUGAAGUCGGACUUGUCACACCGUGGCUGCCUCCCCGCGAGGACCCCCAACCCAGAGCACCCUGCUUUCUCAGCACUGGGGGGGGACCUUUCCCUGAGGGGCUGCUGGUUCAGGCAGCAGACGUAUUCCGGUCCGGCUCUCCUUCCUCCCCGUCCCUCUGCCCGGUUGUGCCCCCCUUGUGGAAAACGGGGCCGGGGGCCCACGCCUGGCCCCGAGGCUUCCUUGGGCCGUGGCUGCCCUGCUGCUGCUCCGCUGCCUUCCGAAUUCCCGGCUUUGCGUCCUUCCCUUUGUUUGGUGUUGGACUUUUCCUUCGGCUUCCGUUGCAGAUGGACUGUCUGUCGCCCUGAGUGCUGGUGGGUGGGCGACGCGCAUGCGGGUGAUUUAUCCCUUUAUUGAAGAAAAUAAAUCUUGGCGGCAGCUGCUUCCGUGCUGCGAACUGUCUGCUGGGCCGAGGCGGAACCGCUCUGCCCGUUUCCGAGGGGGUUUGGGCACAGUAAAAUGGGGCAAACGUUCUGCGGCCCCACGCCUGCUUGCCACCGUGGCCUGCGCCGGGGGCUCCUGGAGGCCACUGCAGACCCCGAGAGCUGGAGGCUCCGCUCAGGCCUCUUCCUCCCCCCCCAGAUCCCAUCUAAUGCCGAGGCUGAAGGAGUCGCGUUCCCACGAGUCACUGCUCAGCCCUGGUAGCGCGGUGGAGGCCCUGGACCUCAGCAUGGAGGAGGAGGUGGUCAUCAAGCCCGUGCACAGCAGCAUCCUCGGCCAGGAUUUCUGCUUCGAGGUGACAACAUCGUCCGGCAGUAAAUGCUUUUCCUGCCGAUCCGCGGCAGAGCGGGACAAGUGGAUGGAGAAUCUGCGACGAGCCGUGCACCCAAACAAGGACAACAGUCGGCGAGUGGAGAACAUGCUCCAGCUGUGGAUUAUCGAAGCCAAAGAGCUGCCCGCAAAGAAGCGGUACCUGUGCGAACUCUGCCUGGACGAGGCCCUCUACGCCCGCACGACCUGCAAGCUGAAAACGGACAACGUCUUCUGGGGGGAGCACUUCGAGUUCAACAACCUCCCGCCCCUGCGGAGUAUCGCCAUUCACUUGUACAAGGAGACCGACAAGAAGAAGAAGAAGGACAAGACCAACUUCAUCGGGCUGGUCAGCAUCCCGGCCGGCUCCGUCACGGGGCGCCAGUUUGUGGAGAAGUGGUACCCCGUUGUGACGCCCAACCCCAGCAAGGGCAAAUCCGGUGGGCCCGUGAUCCGCAUCAAGUCGCGCUACCAAAGCAUGAGCGUCCUCCCCAUGGAAACGUACAAGGAGUUUGCCGAGUACGUCACCAACAGCUACAUGGUGCUCUGCUCCGUGCUGGAGCCGCUGCUGAGCGUCAAGAACAAGGAGGAGAUGGCCUCGGCCCUGGUCCACAUCCUGCAGAGCACGGGAAAAGCCAAGGACUUCCUGACGGACCUCAUGAUGUCGGAGGUCGACCGCUGUGGCGAGAACGAGCACCUCAUCUUCCGGGAAAACACGCUGGCCACGAAAGCCAUUGAGGAGUACCUGAAGCUGGUGGGGCAGAAGUACCUGCAGGACGCCUUAGGCGAGUUCAUCAAGGCACUGUACGAAUCGGAUGAAAACUGCGAGGUGGACCCCAGCAAGUGCUCGUCCUCCGACCUCCUGGAACACCAGAGCAACCUGAAGAUGUGUUGCGAACUGGCCUUCUGCAAAAUCAUCAACUCGUACUGCGUCUUCCCCCGGGAGCUGAAAGAGGUCUUUGCCUCGUGGCGUCAAGAGUGCAGCAGCCGCGGCCGGCCAGAUAUCAGCGAGCGGCUGAUCAGCGCCUCCCUCUUCCUCCGCUUCCUCUGCCCGGCCAUCAUGUCGCCCUCCCUGUUCAACCUGCUCCAGGAGUACCCAGACGACCGCACCGCCCGGACGUUGACCCUCAUCGCCAAGGUCACCCAAAACCUGGCCAACUUUGCCAAGUUCGGGAGUAAGGAAGAAUAUAUGUCCUUCAUGAACCAGUUCCUGGAACACGAGUGGACCAACAUGCAGCGCUUUCUGCUGGAGAUCUCCAACCCAGAGACCCUCUCGAACACGGCGGGCUUUGAGGGCUACAUCGACCUGGGCCGGGAGCUGGCCACAUUGCACUCCCUGCUCUGGGAGGUGGUUGCUCAGCUGGAUCAGAGCACGGCCACCAAGCUGGGCCCCCUGCAGCGCCUUCUCAGGGAUGUCAACGCUGCUCUGAGCAAUCCGUCCUGCGUGCAGGUCUCCGUCACGACGGAUCCCACGGCCUCGACGCCUGGCGCCGGCAACGGCAUUUCUGUGGGGCUCCAGAAGAUGGUGAUUGAGAACGACCUGUCUGGUCUGAUAGAUUUCACACGGUUACCGUCUCCAACCCCUGAAAACAAGGACUUGUUUUUUGUCACAAGGUCUGCGGGGGCUCAGCCAUCGCCCGCCCGGAGCUCCAGCUACUCGGAGGCCAAUGAGCCCGACGCCCAGAUGGCCAAUGGCAGCAAGAGCCUCUCCAUGGUGGACUUGCAAGACAAUCGCCUUUUGGACGGUGGGGGCGGCGGGCUGGGGGCCGCCGAAGUGCUCCCUGAGAGCCACCCCCCUGCCGGGCAGGCCUGGGGCGCGCGGCCUCAACAGAGCGGCGCGACGGGCACGGCCACCGUGCGCCGCUCCGGACAGACCCCCACCACCCCCGCCCCUUCUCCGGUGAACCCCAAUGCCCUGGACCGCACGGCCGCUUGGCUCCUGAACAUGAACGUGCAGUUUUUGGAGGAGGAAGGCGCUGAGCCAGAAUGCAAGCACAGGAAUAGAGAUGAGCUCGGCCAAGGGGAAAAGCAGUAUCAGCAGGACGUGGCGGUGCUGCAGGACAAGCUGCGCCUGUCCGCCAAGAAGCUGGAGGAGUACGAAGCCCGCUUCCGGUGCCAGGAGGAGAGCACGCAGAAGCUGGUGCUGGAGUACCAGGCCCGGCUGGAGGAGAGUGAGGAGCGCCUGCGACGGCAGCAAGAGGACAAGGAGAUGCAGAUGAAGGGGAUCAUCAGCAGGCUGAUGUCGGUGGAAGAAGAGCUCAAGAAGGAUCACGCGGAAAUGCAGGCAGCCGUGGACUCCAAGCAGAAGAUCAUCGACGCGCAGGAGAAACGCAUCGCCUCCCUGGACGCGGCCAACGCCCGGCUCAUGAGCGCCCUCACGCAGCUGAAAGAGAGGUACAGCACGCAAACCCGCAACGGGAUUUCCCCCACAAACCCGACUAAGUUGCAGAUUACCGAGAGUGGUGAGUUCCGAAACAGCAGCAGUUGUUAACCCAGGGAACGGCUGCUGCAGGAACGCGCGCGAGAGAGAGAGCGAGAACCCGGCCAGCACGAGCCGCCUGGCGGGGGGCUCGGCACUCCCCUGGCCCACCUCCUCCACGGGGAAAGCGAAGCGGACCCGGAGCCCUCCUCGCCAGCGGCCUGUGGCCCACAGACGCAGCUGAGGGCCUCCGAAGCACGUAAGCCUCCAACCGAGCAGAGCGAAGCCGGUUGUCCAAAGAAGAUGCUUCAGCACCCAGAAGGUCAGGCCGCUUCCAGGAACGCCGAAAGACUCCCUAAGGCCAGCCAAACCUCUGGCGCUCUCAGCGUCCUGCUGUACCGGGUACUCCCCGAUCCGUCAUGCCCUCCGGCACUUCCACCACCUUGGAAUUUGCCCUGCUCGGCUCCGCGUCCCACCGGUGUGCGUUAGGUGCGCAGGUCCUCAUCCUCCCUCCUCCGGGGCCACCCUCGGCAUGGCAUCUCCUCCCCUGCCCCAGUCAGGGGAUGAGGAGGAAUCUGUGGCAGCUCAGGGCUCCGUCGCUUGGCAGAAAGAGUCUCUGCUUUGAAUAUCCAGAGAUAUCUAGAUGUGUCUCUGGGUGAGUCCCUGAAGAAUGACUGCUAGUCCAAAAACCUCAACCCCAGGCUGAAAGUUCAAACUAAAUUUAAAGAUUUUCUUAUCUUGGUGAAGAUUGCAGAGUGAACUCGGGGUAUUUCCUGUGUAUUGGGGGGCCUCUUUCUGCCCCCCCAAAUGUCAACCUUGUUGAUCAGCAUGGAUUCCCUCCUGCAGCCUGUAGGUUCCAGGAUCCCUUCCAUCCAUUCCCCCCUUUGGGCUGGUGAAAGGGGCAAAAGUAAAGGGGAAGAAGCAGAAGGUGGGUCCUUUUGGUGCAGGGAGAGGCGAGGCAGGCGAUCUUAAACCCUGGGGACGAUUUCUCCACGCCGUACUCUGCUAACGCGGCAAACCGGGUCAGCGGCAGAGUCCCUGUUUCGGCAGCCGGGUGUCUUUGGGCUGGCCAGACCAAAAAGGCCUCGAAGGAGGUGAAGGCUCCAGAAGACCCCCAUCCCCACCC